AUGUCCGACCAACGCCUCCCAAUCCAAACCCAACACUGCCGCUUCUGCAACCAUCUCCUACUAGCAACAACACGCAAUAUAAGCACACUCCCGCGACGUGGUGGUGAAGGCAAAGAUAAAGCAUUGAUCCUGCCACUCGAACGCAAGAGCUCAACAGACGGGGAUGUAGAAGCCGAACUCGAAGAAGAAGCCAAGGCAACAGAAACGUCGCGCAAAGCAAGACACGCCUCUAACCACACGACGCUGCUACUGGCCACUACGAUUCCGGAUCGACGGGCGACUAUUAUCCGGCGCGAAGACGGGAUCGAAAAGAGGAUUCUUUUGAGGUGUGGGCGAUGCAAAGUUGUUGUGGGAUAUUACCUAGAUCGGAUGCAUUGGGCGUCUACUGGGGAUCGGGGAGUAGAGAAGCAAGAUGAAGAUGCGCGGCCACCGGCUGCUUAUAUUCUUCCUGGGGCUAUUGUGGAGACGGAGAAGUUGGGGGGUGAUGGGGUUGGCGAGAGGGAAUGGAGGGAGUGGGCUGUUUAA